AAGCAAACAAUAGAAUUGCAUCUCAUCAUUAUGCUCUUGCUUUAUUUGGCAAACCUUUUUCUUUUGUUCAAUGAUCCUUCCUCUACACAUUAAAGCCAGAAAAAUAUACAUGUUGUAGUAGUACUAAACUUAACUGACUAAGCAAAAAUGGGAGUUUCAUCUCCUGAUUUCCGAGCCCCUCCUCCCUCUCCCGUGGCAUCCAGCCGUCGGUCCUCCUUCACCGCCAAUGAAGACGUCCUCUCGGAGUUCUUGGAUAAGUGUGGUCGAGUCCCAAAUCUUGUAUUGCCCGACAAAGUCUUCCCCAAGCACAGAUUCCUUCUGAACCCUCCCACCUUUGAUUUCCUCCGGUUAGGCUCCGCCUCGCCACUCCUCAUGGAUGCCAUCGACACCAUCGGUUGUUUUCAGCUCAUCAAUCACGGUGUUCCCGAGGCUAAGGUGAGAGCCGCCGCUGACAAAACCAUUUUCCAAGAUGAGACAGAGGAGUUCGUUUUAUAUAAAGAUGUCGCUGAUGCUUGUAAUUCAGAUUUGAGGGAGUUGAUGGGGGAGGCAGAGAGGAUAGGGAAGGCGAUAAGAGAAAAGUUAGGAGGGAGAAGCCAAGAGGAAGAAGAAGAAGAGGAAGAAGGUGUAGGGGUUUGCUACGUGAAGAAGCAUAAUAGCCAAAUUGAAUCACAAGGGUGGGAGGAGGAAGAAGCAAUAAGGAUGCUGAUAAGAGGGUAUGAUGAAAGACAUUCGUUGUGCCUCAGCUUCUGCCAUGCAGAGUUCCAUGUCUAUUCCAAGAGAGGUUGGCUCUCCUUCUCCCCACGUCCAGAUGCGGUCGUAGUGACGGUUGGAGAUCAAGGCUGGAGCGGGAGGUUUAAGGCUGUUGUGGGGAGGCCUCUUCUUCACAGAUCAGCUCAGGCAUCUCUUCCUCGGAAUUUCGUUUCUAUCUCCUUCCUCUACACUGCUACUACUAGUACUACUACUACUAGCAGUGAUGCCUCAAGAAUUAUUCAUCAUCAUCAGAAGAAUACCAUUUCCAUCUACCAACAGCUCUUUUUUGCUCUCAUUCUCACACUCCUCCUCCCUUUCUUCUUUACUUGAUCAUUUCACACUUCUUGCUUCCCUCUUUUAUAAUUUCUUUUAUAAACAAGUGUGUCAGGCUCAUUUUAGCAUUUUAUCCAUCAAUGCAAUAUUCCAUGCCCAACCA